UGCUAGUGGCUGGGAGUAAACGUUGGCUAUCUGAGCCGGUCCAAGUUCCGAUCAGAAGAACGUCAAACCGACGACAACAUUGUUCUUGGAACCCCCCUUUCCUGCGAUGACCCUCUCCGAGUAUAGCGAGUAUAGCUGAGGUCGAAGGGGAUUCCGCGCAUUGUGCGAUUCGAUCAGUCCUCCCGAGCUCCAACCUCUGUCCGACAGGUCCGUCUGCAAUCACGCAAUCCUCAAUUUUCAACUUGCCGUGCCUUUCUUCGGUUCCUGGUCGCAUCCAGAACUUUCGGUUGAAAGGAAACGGCGGUGAUGAUGAUAUAAAAUGCGCCUGCGGCGAUGGCAGGAGUCCCAGGAAGUUAUCGGCCCAAGCCAUGUCUCAGUUCCUUUCGUGCGUUCUUCCUUCUGAGCACGAUCCUCGCCAAUGGAGCGAAAGGAAACGGUGGAUGAUAGCCCUCAUAAUCUGGAACCUCAUUGCUCCGAUUGAUAUGGCGAUCACGUUCUAUUCUGGAGUGCAAGGCCAGAUACAGGACCAGUUUGGUACAUCGAACACCAUCGCGACCUUAGGUGUGGGGCUAUACAAUCUCGGUGGUGUAUUUGGGGUCCUCUUCGGAGGACCGCUGAGUGAACUCUAUGGCCGUCGACCGAUAUAUGUCGUCUCAUCUAUAUGUUUCGCUGUCUUCAGUCUUGGUGCGACGCUCUCGCCAAAUAUAUCCACUCUCUUGGUCUGCCGUGGUCUCAUGGGCUUGCUCGGAAGCCCUGUCUUCUCUAUCUACGGUGGCUCAGUCGCAGAUCUUUUUAUGCCCGAGGAGCGUGGUCCUGUGGUUGCGUUGUUUACACUCGUAUUACAGGGUGCCCCAACCAUCGGGCCUGUGCCAUCUUCUUUCCUAGGACCCUUUUUACCUUGGAGAUGGUUACUCGGCUUUAUAACGAUCUGGGGUGGGGUUGUUGGUGCUGCCACAAUAUUGUUUGUUCCCGAAACCGAGCCUAAGGCAAUUCGAAGGAAGAUAGCUAAAGCCGAAGGUAUGGUCCCUGAUGUGAAGGAAAUAAAGUCCUCCAAGGCCAAGGUUUGGAGCAAAGCACUACUUACGCCAAUCACCAUGCUUCGUAACGAACCUAUCAUAAUCUGGACGACGUUGUAUCACUCCUUUGUCUAUGGGCUUUUGUUCCUUCUUCUCGAGGCAUUCCCACACAUCUAUGACUCUCAUUACUCGAUGUCCCGAGAACAAGCAGGCCUGGUUUUCAUUGCCCCAUUCAUUGGAAACGUGCUUGGCGUUCUGAUAUACUUUGGAUACUACAAACCUCAGUACGAGGCGCGCCAGCGCGUAAUCCAGAUCGAGUCGGGCGGUAAAUCAGAGAUCGAGCCCGAAGCUCGUCUACCCGGCGUUAUCCUUGCGUCGCUUGUCAUUCCCCUCGGGUUAUUCUGGUUAACAUUCUCGGCGCACCCGGACAUACACUACUUUUUCCCCAUAGUUUCUGGUGUUCCGAUUGGGAUGGGAAUGACCCUCCUGCAGCUCUCGUUGUUCAAUUACUACAUCGACCUUUACCCAACGAUGUCAGCAUCUGCUAUCGCUGCAAACUCUGCCGUCCGGGGUCUCGUAGCGACCGUUCUACCGAGCGUCGGGCUGCCAUUAUACACUUCUUUGGGUAUACGCAAUGCAAACGUGUUGUUGGCAUGCGUGAGCUGCAUAGGACUCCCGACUAGUAUUAUUCUGUAUGUCUUCGGAAGAAGACUUCGUGCUACGAGCAGGUGGGCGAAACAAGCCAUGGACGUUGGCUCGCUUCCGCAUGAGAGCACCGGAGCUGUUGCUCCUUUGCUUGCUCAAUCCCCUCAAACCCACUACGGAGGGACAAGUUCCUCCGAGUAAAAGUGUCAUGCAUUAUGACAAUUGUUUCUUCUUUGACGUCCUUACGAACCCAAUAUCCCACAUCGCACUCGAAGGUCAUUUAUCACGGUUCCACCAAAACAACAUCAUUGUAUUA